AUGCCUCCAGAACUAGUGCGGGCGCCGUCGCAAGGAAGCAUCGUCUCGCAGACGACACAGCAGAUGGGUCCCCAUAGUCGUCCAGGGACGGCCGACCCUAUGCGCGCUCGAUCCGAAACCCUUUCUCGAGCUGCUCGUCGACCUCGCUCUAGAGGUUCGACUGCUAGUAUUCAUUCGAGCACAACACAACAAACCCAAGACCAACAUCUCGAUGGAUUCCCUCAAUUCAUGCCCUCCCAGGUUGGAGGUGGCCAGCAUGUCUUUGGUAAUAACCCGGAAGAUAUGCUGAUGCGGUUUGGUCAUCAGCUCUCUCACCAGUCCAAUGGCGCGUCGUUAGACCCAACUGUGCGGGAUUCUCAUGCGAUGGCUUCCCGACCGGACGAGUUUCCUGCCCACGCCAUGCACGCUCAUAAUCUCUCACACCACGGAUUACCGGACAUACCGCACAGUGCACUCUCUGCAGUAGCGGUGCCGCAGUAUCAAGCCAUGUAUGAUAGUGGUAUUGAGAAUCAUCUCGCCGACCAUACUAUGGAUGACCAAGAAGCGUCAGAAGCUGGUGGGAAGAAGAAAAGGGGAUCCAGCUCCACGCUUGCAAACGAUAAUGAGUUGCGGAAAUUGCUUCGCCAAUAUGAGGGCUACACUUUGAAGCAGAUGGCUGCGGAGGUCAUGAAACAUGAAGGUGCUGGGGGCAAGGCAGAGAAGGUGAAACAAGUAUUCGCCAUGAUCUGGCUACGAGAAAACUGCCGGAAGAGCAAUGGCUCGGUACGACGAGACCGGGUGUAUUGCUGCUAUGCGGAAAAGUGUGGAACGGAGCGAGUGUCGGUCCUGAAUCCAGCGUCCUUUGGCAAACUUGUCCGCAUCAUCUUUCCCAAUGUUCAGACCCGCCGCCUUGGUGUUCGUGGCGAGUCCAAAUAUCACUAUGUCGACUUGUCAGUCAUUGAGGAGAAGCAACAAAGACCUGUCCCCCUCAACCCACAAGUUGCGUUGAAUCCACACCAAAUUCCAGCUGGUGUUCCUGAGAGACCUGCGAGUGGCAUGCGCUCAAGGAGUAUUAGCAUUGCCCAGCCUACAGCAGACACGGCAGUCUUCCCAUCACCGACAACCUCAUUCGCACCCCGAUUCCCCGCCAAUCCUCCCACCACCAGUUGUUGCAAUUGCCAAGCCCAAUCCCCCUCUGGUCCUGAUGCUGCUAUUACGACGCAAAAUGUUUCUCAGCAAGCCGGGAAGAUGAUCCACCAAAUGCUUCAAUUCCCGACAGACGAAGUCCCCAGCAUCGACAAUGAAUCUCUUGUCCUCCCUGAUAUCCGCGGCUAUCUUCCACUUAAUACCGAUCCCAAGGUUGCUGAGGCACUUGCUGCCCUCUACCGCUCACACUGUAUCUCUGUGAUCGAUAGUUUCCGGUUCUGCAAGGAACGAAACCUCUUAAAGUACUUCUCGGCUUUCCACGGCACCUUGACUGUGCCGGUUCAAAAACUUCUUACACACCCAAACCUUGCUCCUUGGAUCAAGGAAUGUGAUUGGUUGAUGUACCAAAAGAUGAUUGCCUUUGUGGCCCCUCUUACGACCCAGGUGGUCCCCAAACUCGUCUUGGAUGCUUUCAGCUCAAUCUCGCAGCGCCUUUGCAGCCAUAUCGCAGAGACCUUCAAGGCCCAGCCAUCGCACGUUUCUAUUGCACGACUGAUUCCUGCCCACAUAUUCUGUAAUCUUCUCAAGCAUAUGCUUGAUGUGAACCAGGCUGCCAACGCUGCUGCCGCUUGGCUCUGUCACCCUGAUAAUCGUAACCAGAUGUGGUUCGAUUUCAAGUCUCUCGUUGACCCCAAGGAAAUGAUCCUCAAAGCCAACAUUCCCACUUGCGCCGAACAGCCUACGGAGCAAAUUUUGAAACACGACGUCCGUGCACUUCUCACGCCGCUCGAUGAUACUGAUGCAUCAACCGGUCUUCCCAUCUUCUCCAAACCAGAUGGUCCUGAGGCGAUCGAGGCCCAUCAAUUCCCAGUGGAGACCGCUACUGGGGAAGAGUACAACUUCCCCGACAAGUGGAUUUCCUUCAUCCUGAACCUACCCCUGGCUUUCUCGGACCACCGCACGCAGUGUGUAAUUAAGAAGAUUGACGCCCUUUGGGACUCGAUUCUUCACCGCCUCACCCUUGGCGGAGCCGCAAGCUUCAGUGCAUGGUGGAUGACCAAGGUGUUCUUCCACGAGAUGAUGCGGAAAAAGGGGGGGUUUAUGAGAAAUACACCUGGCUCUCUGCAGAGCAUGACAUUCGGCUCCGAGCAGGCCUCGAUGGGGAGUUUUCAGCUAAAGCAGAAUGUCAUUCCUGAACCCCCUACUUUUGAGUCAGCCCGUGGCGCUCAUUCGAAAACGAAUACUACUGCAUCCCCGGACCUUCGCGGGACACGAGAUCAGACCGUUGAUGCAGAAACUGAUACCAAGCACGUCCCCAAUGCUAAAGAGCUGGCUCUCGCAGAUACGGGGUUUCAAGUCCCAAACAAUGAUGACAGCGCGAUCGAUUUGGAAGACGAUCCCCUGUUGAUGGCAGUGGGUAAAUACGGAGAUAUGAUGGUUUCCGACCCCGCCGAUGCUGAGGGCGACGUGAUCGUCAUCUAG